AUGGGUUUAACUGUUAUUUUAGGAUUUUUGUUACUUUUAUUUCAGGUAAACCUGAUUCUUAUCCAAGGAAGGCCUGAAUUGGGCCAGGUGCCCAUUUUCCGUCCCGACAAUUACACCCACUUCGACGUGUAUGCCAGUGCACUCAGUAAAGCGCACUACAACCCUUGGGCUUGCGAUUACAGGAGCGAGCCUGGAUAUAAAUGCCUCAGCUGCAGCAGCGCGCUUCACUGCUAUCCCGGUAACUUCGCACUAUUAGUUCAGUGCGCUGGGCUUUUCCCAUUCUGCCGCAACGGUUAUUGCUCGAGGUUCAAAACUGAAGGAUGCCUUGAAGAAGCUGAUCCUAAUACUGCACAUAGCCACACCAGUACAAUGCCGCCUUACGUCCAAGUGUUUAAUAAGGUUAACAAAACCACAGCUGGUCCUGAAAGCCAACAAGUAACGCAAACUGCAGUAGAUAACUCUGAACAGCAAGUAGCUACGAAUACAGUUGCCACUGAACUGAACAAACCGAACAAAAUUAAUGCUCCAAGCGUGACGUCAGCACAUGCAAGCGAAACAGCGAACUCUUACAAGAAACCUAAGCGAUAUGUUCCAUAUUCAUCAGAUAGCGGCGAAGUGAACUGGUUAUGAAGUACUUCGUCUAUAUCGAAUUAUGUAUUUUAGAGUAUUUAUUAUGUAACUUAAUAAAGCAUAAUUUAUUUUA